GCGGGACGGAAACGGGCGUCCCUCUCGACCCCUGCGGGUCCCACGUGGCUGUGUGACCUUGGGCUGGGCCGUGGCCCUCCCUGGGCUUCCGGCUUCCCUGGGCCGGGUGCGGUGGGCGUUCCCGGAGGGCCUGUCCCCAAGGCCACGCCCAGAACCGCGCCCCUGGGGGCUUGGGACCCCCAGGGCGAAGGCGGGUGACCCGCAUGGCUGGUGCCACCCUGUCCUUUCACGCAGCUGACCCUGGAGCAGCCGCAGGGGGAUUCCAUGAUGACCUGCGAGCAGGCCCAGCUCUUGGCCAACCUGGCGCGGCUCAUCCAGGCCAAGAAGGCGCUGGACCUGGGCACCUUCACGGGCUACUCCGCCCUGGCCCUGGCCCUGGCGCUGCCCGCGGACGGGCGCGUGGUGACCUGCGAGGUGGACGCGCAGCGCCCGGAGCUGGGACGGCCCCUGUGGAGGCAGGCCGAGGCGGAGCACAAGAUCGACCUCCGGCUGAAGCCCGCCCUGGAGACCCUCGACGAGCUGCUGGCGUCGGGCGAGGCCGGCACCUUCGACGUGGCCGUGGUGGAUGCAGACAAGGAGAACUGCGCCGCCUACUACGAGCGCUGCCUGCAGCUGCUGCGACCCGGAGGCAUCCUAGCCGUCCUCAGAGUAAGGGAUCCACUGCGGGGGAGGAGAAAGCACCCUCUCGGGCCGGGUCCCCAUCUUUUCCCUUGACUCCUCUUAUACCCCAAAGCCCCACCCAGUCCAGUCAAGUAGGCUCGGGCCCGGGUACCCAGGCUUUCCUCCGCUUUGGUUCUCAGUCUCCGGCUCUGGUCACCUCCCGCCCGGGCACCUCCCUCCGAGGCCCCGCCUCCCGCCCAGACACCUCCCUCCGAGACCCCGCCUCCCGCCUGGGCACCUCCCUCCGAGACCCCGCCUCCCUCCUGGGCACCUCCCUCCGAGGCCCCGCCUUCCGCCCGAGCACCUCCCUCCGAAGCCCUGCCUCCCACGGCCCGGUUGGCCCCGCCCCCCCGCAGGUCUUGUGGCGCGGGAAGGUGCUGCAACCUCCGAAAGGGGACGUGGCGGCCGAGUGUGUGCGAAACCUAAACGAACGCAUCCGGCGGGACGUCAGGGUCUACAUCAGCCUCCUGCCCCUGGGCGAUGGCCUCACCUUGGCCUUCAAGAUCUAGGGCUGGCCCCUAGUGAGUGGGCUCGAGGAAGGGUUGCCUGGGAACCCCAGGAAUUGACCCUGAGUUUUAAAUUCGAAAAUAAAGUGGGGCUGGGACACACGA